CCGACAGACGCAAGAAGACGUCGGCAAUACGUGUCGUUUGGGCACGACUCUGAGACUAUAUAACGACAGGGAGUCCGGGCAAAAACAAACGACGCCAUGGCCUGCAAGUACUGCAUUCUCAUCAUCUUGGCCGUAGCGCUCUCUUUAGUGGUCGAUGCAGGGCGUCCACCGAAGGGGCUUCCGAAACCAAGAAUCCAGUUGAAAAAGCCGAACCGCCUGCAGUCUCACCAAAUCGCCACCGAAUGCGUGAAGCUAGCAAAAAAGGGCUACAGCCCAAGCAGCACACCGCACAAGGACUUAGAAGACUGCCACGAGCCCUGGGAGAAAAAUGAUAUGCUGGAUGACUUGCCCAACUACUUGGCCAGUAUGAAGCGCUGCACGGAAAGCUCCGCCUACUACAAGCUGGAGCGCUGCGUCAACGCACGCAUUGCGGCUCUUGGCUAGACGCAAAUCGAUAAGGAUGAGCUCCGCUCCGUGAUACUGCAGCGCCCAUGUUUUCAAGAAACUGCGCGUUUAAAAACCUGGCGAAGAAUUCUGAGCAUGGGUAGUACAAACUAAUCUAGUUAAUUCUACGAAGAAAUAGUUCGUAAAUUACGAACUAUUUUCUUUGCAAGCUACGUAUGCUUAAAAUACUUUUCAUGUAGAUACUUUACUUUAUAUGUAUGAAUUAAGAAGUUUGUGAGGUUUCCAGAGUGAAAAACUCUCGUGUUUGGACUCGUAAGUGCAACUAAACUUGCAAAACGAGAUUUAAGAUAAGUUAAUAAAUUGAUGGUUCUGACAUGGGAAGUACAUGGACACGAGAAGCUUUAAGGCCGCACAUACACUUGAUAGAAAAGAAGAUUAACAUCUCAGAAAAUCAGUUGCGGCCGGCGAAAACCCCACCUCCGAAAAAAGAAGGGAGGGGGGGAAUAAGUACUCCCAAGCUGCCCAAAAUAGGGGGUAACUUCUCAUGCCUCUCAUUUUGGGUAACUCCCUAAUUUCAUGGCUGUCAAACCAAUCGUAGUCAUGCGAAAAUCAUCAUAGCUUGGUGAAAGAAGUUUCAUGGACACAGGUCAAAAGACAUAAAAUUUAUUGUCUCAAGUAACUUCGGUUACCGGAACCGACUUCGGCCGUCAGAGGGCGCAACUGUCGUCCUAACGGCUGACAAAAUUCAAACUGUUUUCGAUUUCACAACGAUUCGGAUUAGAAGUAGGAUGCCCAACAACUUGCCACUUUGAGUCCUAGAGGGGUGCAUUUUUGAUUCGAGCUAACUUUGUUAACUGGUCGUUCACUGGUGCUGAUGGCGAUCAGGUUAUCCAUUUGACUCGCUUGGAUAGAUGACAAACCAUUCUCUUCGAUUGUGACGUGGUUCAUGACGAUGUAAAUGGUUCGCUUAACGAAAACGGCAUCCAUUUGGACACCGACUAAGAUUUGAAUAAAAUUGCGGUAAAAUAUGAACAGCAUUUGCGACUGUUCGAAAUGGACGGGACAGACUAAAGUUGUCGAUUAUCCCCCCCUUUUUUUCCUAAUUUGAAGGUGAUGCGACUAUCACUGCUGUGUAAAAUCCUCAUCGACCCUCUUGCAUGUGUCGACCAAGCAUCCUGGAGCGAGCGACCCUUCAACAGUUCGUAGACGAGUGGGCACGCUAAGUGCGGCCCAUCCACCGCCGGUUCAAGCCACGCCAUGGCCGCCAGGGGCAGCCCAAUCCAUUACCUUGUCGACGCUGGGCGCGGGCGUGCAGAGGCUCCCGAGAAAAGACACUCGCACGGUACGCACACCGUUACACAGCGUAAGUGUUCCUGCUCCGAGCGACAAUAGACAUCAAAAUAUCGUGACUUUUCUGCAAACGCGCUCGUUAGGCACACAUAUAGAACAGCGUGCCUGACCGAGAUCCCGUGGGUCCUCAUGCAGUCUCCAUAAAACCUCCGUUAGCAAACCAGUCACUCCUUCCGAAGCUAAACAACAUAUCACUACUUUAAAUGGGUCCAGCUUACUGCUAAGACUAAGAGAUUGGAGGAAAGCCGCGGUAAAAAUAGUACCUGGUGUUCCCAGAAAGCCUAUGGUAAAGACAAGGGCGAUUUCAAGGGGGCUCCCGGAAAACGUGCAGCGCUCUGGCACUUCCGGUUGUUCAAUUAAUGAAUUUUGGCCGAUUUUUGCGAUUCCUAGCCUACUAUGCACUGUCAUUCAUUGCAAUUGCCGCCGUGUAUUAAAAAAUCAUCCAAAUGUUUUGCAAUGAGGAAUAUCUGAAAAUCUGCAAUUGGAAAAGUUAUCCCGCGCCGAAGAAUCUGCAGCCUGAAUUGUACACUGUGCCAAAAAGCUACGGAAAAUUCUGCAAACAGCUUGUGGUAAUUCUCCGUUGCCCCAUUAUCAAUAUUCUCACGUACAUUGUUCGCCGUAGGACUAUUCAGUCUUCCAGGUCCUACGGAGAAGACUUUACGGUCCUACCGAAGUUCUGUACGAUCCUACCGAGAAUAUUGAUAAGGGGGCCACGGAGAAUCUUGGCAAAAAAAAAAUUAACAGAGUUUUCCGUACUUCUUUGCCACAGUGUACUAAGCAACUUGUGUCACACUGUAAUUUGAAGUGACUAAGAAGGGCAGUUGUAGAGUGACUUCAUUGUUCAUAAAGUAUUCACCAAUGUUCUAUUUUGUUUCAUCAGAUAACUAGCUGCAGUUCAACUACAGUUUACUGCUGUUUAAAUGCAGUUCAAGUACACUGUACUUAAACUGUGCUCUAACUGCGUAAAACGAAAUAACUUUUUCGGGUCUUUCCAGUUUUAACUGCUGUUUGAAGACAACAGAGUCAUGAAGAAAGCUUCCAUCAUGACUGUGUCACCACUGGUGCCUUCGCGUCAGCGCGAAGAGGUCCACUCCUUCUUCGACGGCCUGCAGCCGUUGGCGUACGUGGCUGCCGUGCUCGCCAUCGUGCCCAUCGGCCUCCAACCAAUUCGCAUCUGCUUCGAUCCCAGACGAUCUACCCUGGUCUACGCUCUGGUGGUGCAAGGCUUUGUCGUAUGGGCUUUGCUGACAACGUGGGCCCAACACCAGAAGCCCUCUUCGGACGAGGAUUGGGCACAAAAGUUCCAUCGCACGCACACCUUUGUGCACUUGAUGGGCUGGGUUGUUGUGCCAGUCGUGUGGGUCGAAGGCCGCAACUUUGCACGCCUGGAAUCGAUGGGCCAACACGUAAUGAAUGACUUCGGCGACUUGAUAGAGGGCAGUGCUGGGCAGCGAUGCUUGAAGGUCUGGGUAGCUGUGGCCCUGGUGGUGCUGGGGCUGAACGAAGGGUCCUCGCGAAUAGCUUUCGCUCAAUACGGAAACAUGCUUUUCCCGGCCAUCCCCGCCCACAUGUACAUCAACUGCCUGCUCGUCCUCGGUGUUGCCGUGCCCGCUCUGUGUUGCCGGCGCGUGCAGGUCGCUGCCAACAGCCUGGCGAACACCUUGCGAAGGGAGCCGCACCGCGGCCAGCUGACACCACAGCGUGCCACCGCGUAUCGCGGGGCCUGGUUAAACCUGGCCAAGCUCAACGCGCAGCUCAUCGCCACCCCCGUCAGCACGCUCCUACUUGGAGGCGUGCUAGUCUUCAUGGUCGUCCUGCACAUGUACGAGGGCAUCGAAAAGACGUCAACGAAUAACUCUCAGGUGGGGCUCGCACAAACUAUGGCAGGAUGGCUUCAUCUCGUGCUGCUCUUUGUGUUGUGCGAAAUACCUCAUCGUUCUUCGGGAGCGGUCCGUGAACAAUUCAUAGACGUCUUGCAAAAACCGUAUGCACAUGUUUGCGACCCUCGCACUUGCGAGGAGCUCCAUCGGUUUCUCGAGGUAGUGUGGUGGAGCACUUCAACGACAACAAUUCUGAACACCUUCGAACUGAAAAGAAGUACCUUCAAAACGGUAAUGGCUGUGUCGUUCACCUACGCGAUGGUUAUGUUCCAAUUCCACGUUAGCAUGGAAACGCCGUGCCGUCCACCUGCUAGCGUGUCUCAGCCCUAGAGCUUCGUCGUGUGCAAAGUGGACUGAGCAAGGAUCAACAAUUUAUAGCCAAUUUUUUUUUUAAAGAAAACACAUGAAUACUGUUGAAACGUUGUUAUAAUACGACUUAAAAACUACAGUGUAUUUUGGUACGACAGUGUACCGUACACCCAGGACGCCCCGUUCUCAAUGUCAGUACGGAAUCUGUAUUCUUCACUCGAGUCCUUUGAACUUGCACACAGUACUUUCUUGCUG